GGGUAGGUAAGGAAGGAGGAGAGUUUGUGAAGAAGGGAGGGGGAGAUGCUAUCCCAGUGAUUUAAAAACUCAAUUGUUUGGGAUUUCUAAGCCGUUCAUGGAAAGUAAGAGUCUGCACAGAAUUUUUUCUCUCGUCUCCCUGCAGUGUGGGGGGCACAUUCUAUGAAAGGCAGGAGGUAAGGGAGGAGGGUGAGACUUCUCACUUAGGGGCUGUCUGAAGCCCGGAUUUGUCCUUAGUGACUUUGAGGUGGGUUUAUCGAGGAUCACCAGACAAUUUCCUAACAAAGCAUUAGGACACAUGCUACCUGUUACCUGUAUGUAUGAAGUAUUCAUCCAUAGGUAACUUUUCAAACAGAAGUAUUUUUAUAUUGGCAAAUCUGGCUCUGUGGACAACAGCGUGUGAUUCCCUGGGUGAAUGAAUCAUGCAUUUGUCAGUGCCCCGCUGUUCCUGUUGGCAUGUUCUGUUUUGCCUCUGUGCCCUGUUGGACAGUGGUUGUUGCACGUGGACAUCCGGUGCUCAGUACCGAUAUUCUCCGGCAUUGCAAGUCAAAACCAGGGAGUCCCUCACAAGCCUUAAAAGAAACUGGUGCUCUGUACCCAUCACUCGCACUGUGUCUUGUCAAGUUCAGAAUGGCACUUUCCUGCAGAGGGUGUACCAGAACUGUCACUGGGCUGCAGGCUGCUCCGGAGGAAGUUAUAGGACUGUUGUCCGACCCACCUAUAGAUUCAGCUAUAAGACGGUGACCACACUAGAGUGGAGAUGCUGUCCAGGAUACAGAGGACCAAGCUGUGAUGAGGGUCCUACAUCCUUGGCUGAGGUACAGGAUGCCCCACGCACCAGUACUGUUGUUCGAAAAUUGCCCUCUAGACAAGAGUCUAGCUUCUCAGGGUGCUUAAACUGCAGUCAGAUUCCAGAGCUCACUGUACGUCUCAGCUCCUUGGAAGCAAAGGUUGCAACCAUCUUGGCUUCUGAUACUGCACUAACCAAUGGAUCACCUCCUGAAUCAUCUGGACUGUUGGGAAGUCCAUCAGCACGUGGUAGUCCUGGGGAGGUGGGCAUGAAGGGGUCUAUACUGCAUCAAGAAAAAGGUUCUUUCUUAGCUCAGGAAGGUAUAAAUACUAGGAAGGGACCUAUAGGCCCAAUGGGUACUCCAGAAAGCCAGUGGUCACCAGGAAUGACAGGUCCAGCUGGACCUCCAGGUCCCCCUGGCGCUCCAGGACCCCCAGGACGGGACGGACCAGCAGGUGCUCCUGGGGAGAGAGGUCCCCCUGGACCAUCAGGCCCUCCUGCUCCAGCUAUGCAGAGACUAGUAGAUCAGGAUCUGUUUAAUUUAAAUCGUUUUACUGAGACUGGAAGGCACCCCAUUCAGGGGCCAAGGGGUCCCCCAGGCCCAUCAGGACCUCCAGGACCUCAGGGACAAGCAGGACCACCAGGACCAAUAGGAAAAAACGGGUUACCUGGCCCACCCGGAAAAGAUGGUCCCGGAGGGGAGAAAGGAGACCCCGGUACACCUGGCCUUCCAGGGGAGUCUGGGGCAAAAGGCGAAAUGGGUCCUCCUGGGCUGAGAGGUGAACCAGGGGAGAAAGGAGAGCCGAAACAGACCCAGGGUCUGGAACAGAACCCUCGCCAACCGGAGCCAGUGGAUUCUACCGGGGAAGGCGUAAUGGUCCAUUGUUUCACAGAAAUCUACCAUCACAAAAUGAUGCGGAAGAAGAUGAGAACUAUUGAUUAUUUCACUAUGACAUUGGCAACCUUACUAGGAGUUUAUAUCCAGUGUGGCUCGUAUUUGUACCUUGUUUUCAUACUCUUAAAGAGAAAAGGGCAAGUCCAAGGGUUUGUGGUUUUCUGGAGACAUGUUCAUGGUCCAGAUUUAAAGAUAUUACUGUGCGAAUACACAUGAAGUAUCCAUGUUUUUGGUUUUACCAUAUAUGUGCUCCAGCAGGCAGGGGUGCACCUAGCGUUUCUGCUGGCUGAGGCAAAAACUAAAACGGCGCCCCCCCCCAUGCCGAUUUAUUAACCAAUGAAAGCGCUCAGUGCCCAUGACCCUUUUACUGCCCCCUCUUGCCCCUUCCUGGUGCUGUCUGAGGAGAUCGCCUCAACUGGCCUCAUUGAUGGUGCACC